AUGGCGCCUCUCAAUCUGCUCACAGUCGUCACUGCCUCGUUCUUCGUCCUGGGCAAAGCCGGUGGCAGUGGAGGAGAACAGCCAACCUACAAAGUAGCUUUUGGAGACGACGGCCAAUGUCUCGCCGAGGUCAAUGGUGCUCGUGUGGCCGCUGGGCUCAGCGAACUCGUUCAAGCACAAACGGGGAAAACCGAAGCCAGACUGCCUGAUACAGCCACUACUCCAAGCGAACCAGACGAUGGAUGGGCAUGGAUGCCUGUCUGUAAACACUUGAUUCCAGAUGCAGGAGAAGAAAAAGCUUCACGGGUUGAGGUAGCAGCAAAGUUCCAGACCGGCACAUACGCAUACCUUCCGAUUGACGACCCGGCUUCCGUCGACUGCAAUGCCGUUGUGGACAAGUGGAAGGGCGCCUACAGCAACUUUGAUGGGUUGCCUCCGGCCAACAAGAACGAAGAGAAUCUGUACAAAAAUCAGGAGAACCUGUCAUUCAUAGCCCUGUACAACCCUUCAAAGGACGCUACUGCAGACUGUCGCGUCGUCACAUGCACAAAAAAAACGCCUGUAGCGGAAAGGGCAGCACAGUCAGGAGACCAGGGACAAAGCACAGAAACAAAAGCCUCAGCCUUGAUUUGCAUGACCGUCCCCGAUGCACUAGACGAAGAGAAGGCCCCCUUCACAGAGGAGCAGUGGGGACAGAUUGUGACCGCCAUCGAAGGCUCUGCCUCUGCUGUUGCGCCCGGCGUUGUCGGCCUUGCACUAGCCUUCCUUGGCCUCAGCAUGCUGUGA